CGUGCUUUCGGGGGAAUGGGGAGGCUGGGCCGGGACGCGCGGCAGGGACUUUGCAAACUGGGCUAACGUCCCCAGUAAGUAGACAGCGGAGGCUCGCGGCCGCGGGUGGGCUCCCGCAGAUCCCCGAGCAUUCCCCACCCGCGGAGCAUCCCGGCGCGCAGCGAUCUCACGGGAGUUGGCGCGGGGACACUUGGGUGCUGGGAAGGUGUAGACCUUCAGUCCAGGAAACCCGUCCCGGCCGAGAAGUCGCGCGUCCGGGGGAGCCCGGCUAGCCACGGCGCCGGGGGCGGCCAAAGGGAGGCGGGAUGAGUCUGCGGGCCGGCUGAGCGCGCCGAGGAGCGGGCCCGGCCACCGCCGGGGACAUGGCAUCUUGUCUCUGGAAAAGGCUGCGUGGCAAGAGGCGGCCAGUGAUGGCAUUCUGCCUCUUGAUGACCCUAUCUGCGAUGGCUGUCACCCACUUUCCCCCACAGCGUCCAGCCGCCGGCCCAGACCCUGGUCCCACGGAGCCUCAGGGGGUAACUGGUGCCCCUGCAACCCGUAUCUGGCAGGCUUUGAGCUCCAGCCGGAGGCAGCAGGGAAGAAACCUGGGCUUCUGGAGAGGUCGAGCUUUGCCUAGGAACUCCAUCUUGGUCUGUGCUGAGGAGCAAGGCCACAGAGCGAGAGUGGACAGAAGCAGAGAGUCCCCAGGAGGAGACCUCAGGCAUCCAGAGAGGGUCAGGAGGGACAUUACUUUGACAGGACAUCCAAGACUCAGUACUCAGCAUGUUGUGCUCCUGAGGGAGGAUGAGGUCGGAGAUCCAGGAGCCAAAGACCUGGGCCACCCCCGGCAUGGCAGUCCCACCCAGGAGAUGCAGAGUGAGAUGGUCGCCCUGGUUGAUCCACUCCCAGGGAGCGAUGUGGCAGCUUCACCGGCUUGGAGAACUACUGCUGGGCUGAUACUCUGGCCCCAUAGAGUGGAAGGCAGGGAUCUGAUGGGAACUGAGAACAGAGCCUUGACUGGUGGACUACAAGAAGAGGAUCCCACCUUGGCCUCAGGGGCUCAUCAGUGGCCUGGCUCUGUUGGGGAGCUGCAAGGGUCAGUAUGGUGUGACACUGAGACCCCUGGGCUGUUGAGCAGUUCGAGGACUGGUGGGCAGGUUCCCCCAUGGCUGACAGACCAUGAUGUGCAGAUGCUUCGACUGUUGGCUCAGGGGGAGGUGGUGGGCAAAGCCAGGGUCCCUGCCCAUGGGCAGGUGCUACAGGUUGGCUUCUCUGCUGAGGGUGCCCUUCAGGACAUGUCCCCUCCCAGGCUCAGCCAACUCUGCUCUCAAGGGCUCUGUGGCCUGAUCAAGAGGCCUGGGGACCUACCUGAGGUCCUGUCCUUUCAUGUAGAUCGUGUGCUAGGGCUGCGCAGGAGCCUGCCUGCUGUGGCCCGCCGCUUCCACAGCCCCCUCCUGCCCUACCGCUACACAGAUGGUGGCACAAGGCCUGUCAUCUGGUGGGCCCCCGAUGUGCAGCACCUGGGCGACCCGGAUGAGGAUCAGAACUCUCUGGCCUUGGGCUGGCUGCAGUACCAGGCCCUGCUGGCACAUGGUUGCAGCUGGCCUGGCCAGGCCUCAUGCCUGGGCAUCCACCAUACGGAGUGGGCACGCCUGGCACUCUUCGACUUCUUGUUGCAGGUCCACGACCGCUUGGAUCGCUACUGUUGUGGCUUCGAGCCUGAGCCCUCAGACCCCUGUGUGGAAGAGGGGCUCCGAGAUAAGUGCCGGAACCCGGCUGAGCUGCGGCUGGUCCACAUCCUGGUCCGGAGCAGUGAUCCAUCUCACCUGGUCUACAUCGAUAAUGCCGGCAACCUUCAGCACCCCGAGGACAAGCUGAACUUUCGGCUGCUGGAGGGCAUAGAUGGGUUUCCUGAGUCUGCUGUGAGGGUUCUUACAUCAGGGUGUCUACAGAACAUGCUGCUUAAGUCACUGAAGAUGGACCCUGUGUUCUGGAAAAGCCAAGGUGGGGCCCAGGGGCUGAAGCAGGUCCUCCAGACCCUGGAGCGGCGAGGACAAGUGCUGCUGGAACAUAUCCGGAAGCACAACCUCACGCUCUUCAGGGACGAGAACCCGUGAGCCUCACCACGGCCCUGAGUCAAUGAGCAUCCAUCCUGAUGGCUGCAUCUUCUUGGACUCACUCAUCUUGAGGACAUAUAGGAAAAGCCAGAAGCCAGAGGUGCACAAGGAUGUCACAGGAUAUUUCACCCGCCUGGGAUGGUGGAGGUAGCAUGUGGUUUUCAAUCUCAAUGCAUUCCUUUCUGCCUUCUUGGCUCUGGCUGUUUAUUCCCAUAUACUAUCAAAUACAUUCAAAAAUGUUCUGUGAGCUGCUCAAGAUACUGUAAAAACGUGUGACACACAUGCAUAUGCAGAGCUGGAGAAUGCUGUGUGUGUGUAGAAGUGUAGAGGUGUGUAGGUGUGUGUGGCAUGUGUGCAUGCCUGCAUGCAAUACAUGAGACAAACCUAAUAAAUGUACCAUCUUCAUAGAACUACACUUGCAGCCUAGAGUUGCUCUGGCUGAAAGUACACUCAGGCCUAAGAAAUGAAACAUAAUGCAUUUGUUUUUAUAGAUUUUAAAUUUUCAAGUCUUAUUCAGUUAUGUUUUUUAAUUUAAAAAAUUAUAAAAGUCUAAAAGUAAUACAUGCUCAGUAAAAACAAAUUCAUAAAUAAUAGAAGCAUAUGAUAAAAAGCACAAGUCCCACAAACCCCCUAGUGGUGUGUAUAUGUGUGUAUUAUUCAUGGUCACAGUACAUGCAAAUUAAAAAAUAAAAGUGUGGUCAUGCUUUCUUUGUCAACUCUCUAUAUUUUUACUUUAUUAACUAUAUUCUGUACCAGCCAUCUGAAUGGACCCGAUCUUUAUUGGUGACCACAUGAAAUUCCAAGGCAGGGAUGUAUCAUAUUUUAUUUAGCUGGUCUCAUGAUCAUGAACAUUUAAGUAGCUCCAAUUUUUCAUCAAUUGCAGACAUUGCUGCCAUGAACAUGAUUGUGUGGCGUGCAAGUAUUUCUGCGAGCUAGAUUUCCAUAAGAGAAUUUCUAGGGCAAAGGGUAUGGGCAUUCAGUAUUCUGAGAGAAACUGCCAACUUGCUCUCUGAAAUGGUCGUGCCAAUUUACAUUUCUCCCAAGAGGAUAGGGAACUGAUUGUUUUUCUACACCCUCAGCAACACUUGACAUUCUCAGACUUCUUGGGGUUUUUUGGUCUAUUUAGUAGGAAAACCUAUUUUAAAAACUGCAUUUCCUUAAUCAUGAAUGAAGUCAUCUUUCCACUUAUUUACCAGACAUUUGUAUUUUCUUUUCUGCAUUGCCCUUUUCUUUUAAGAUAUUUGCCCUUUGCUUGUUAAUUUGUUGGAAAUCUUUGACUCUAUUGAGUGUAAUCAGUCUUUUCUCUGUUGACAUGUUGUAAAUGUUUUCUUUCAGCCU